CUUGACUCUGGCGGAGGCAGUUUCCACCGCGACGCCGAGAGGGAAAGACCUGUUCUCCGUCCUCCCGUGCCAUUUUUUUCUAUUUUUACUGCGUAGUGACUAAGUGGCCUGCUGACAUCGCUAAUUCUGACAGAAGGAGCCCUCUCGUCUUGUCUUCCCACCCCCACCUACCUACCCCUGACCAUGGGUUCCACCAACAAGAUGUUUUACCUCGGCGAAGGGUCGGAGAACGGCUCAACACCCACGGAACAGCCUUUCCCGAACGCCCCAUUCGCCGAACCCCCGCCCACCUACGCCCAAUCGCAAGCAACCCCGAAAUAUCUACAAGCAAUACCCGGUCGCACGCACCCGCUGCCUUCACCACAAGCACCUCUUCCGACGGUCUCGGGACAAGUACAGGCGCCGGCGGGCCACAAUGUUUACAGAGCGACUGCACCCGCGCCAUCUACGUCGGGUGUGGCAGGUGCGAAUUACCCCCGCCAACCUCCAGUUCCAUCAUUGAUUGGCAGUGCAAGCUAUCCUGGUCAGCUGACGGGCAUUCAGACCGGCACCAACGGCCCUUCAGCGCCUCCUCCUCCUCCUCCCGGAUUACCCGCAGAAACCAACACGAGGAAGAAAACAACUUGUAUGAGAGUCUCUGGGGGCAUCGGUGUUGCCGUCUUGGUGAUCUGGAUAAUAUUCCGAUUUUGCAUUCGCGUGGCGAUCGAUUCGAGUACGUGAUUGGUAGUUAGUGUUGUUACAGGGGAAAAGCUAAACCAGUAGCAACUCGAGGAGGUGUCAUGGCGUUUUGAUGAUUGUUUAAUGAAAAUAUAGCCAUUAAAAUCAUUAUUUUCCAUCCUUUUUGAAAAUUGAAGAGACCAAAAUGAUCGACUAUAUUCACAAAGCAUCCGUUUUGUGACGUCAUCAAAUAAACCCCAUGUGCUUUUUUUUUCAAAAAUAGAAGCAGACGCCACGACGCCUCGAGUUGCCAUCGAUCUAGUUGUUACAGUUAACGUUGGUUAAAAAAAAAAAAAAAAAAAAAAAAAAGUUGGUACGAGAGGAUUGGAUUUGGUAAUAGUUCUUAGGACUUACUAGUAUGCUAUUGCGUGGCAAGGCCUGCGAGAGCGUGCUAGUAGUGCUUAAGGAAUGUAAGCAACUGAAGCGUGGAGUGUACUUAGAUGUACCUCAAGAUUUGCCAGUACUUCAACAAGUAUUCGAGAAAGCCAGUAAUUGAAAAAAGAUGGUUAUCAGAUGCUGUUGAGAAAGCCAGUAAUAAAAAAAAAUAUUUAUACUGAUGUCUUUAUAUAUGGAUAUAAACUAACAUUACUGUUGAAAUGUGUGUGUGUGUGUAUUUACGUGCGUGUGUCUGUGACGGUAUGAAAGCUUGUUUAUAAGUUCAGGCAAAUGAAGUUCUGAUGUUGAUUGAUACAGUAAUAAAAAGUUAAGGUUCCUAAUGUUAUGUAGCUUUUAAUGUUAUGCUAAAACUGUAUGUGACUCGACCUGAAAAAGUUAUCUCCUGAUUUUAUAAUUUAUUGUAAAUAGUUGUAGGAAUCUAUUUUUAAUUUAAUGUAUUUUUUGUAUAAAUGAUGGUUCUAUAA